AUGUCUGACGGGGAACCAGCAGAGGCGCCUGGUGAGAUUCUAGACAAGCAGCUGUAUAAGGAAAUUGGCAACUUGGCCUCGUGGACCGUCUCGAGUGAGAAGCCCGGCUUCGAGAUUGAUGUUGUACGUGACGACAAUCUGGACACAUACUGGCAAUCCGAUGGGCCACAACCUCAUUACAUCAAUGUACAUUUCUCGAAACGUGUACUGGUCGAGUACCUGAGCAUCUACCUACGCUACGAGCAGGAUGAGUCCUACACACCAUCUAGGAUUCUUUUGAGAUCUGGGACUGGCUAUCAUGACUUACAAGAUGUUGUUGUCCUGGAUUUGGACUGCCCAACCGGCUGGAAGCAUGUCAAUCUAGGUGAACAUGGCAAAGAUGGGCUUCUAAGGACUCAUCUACUUCAAAUCUGUGUCAUUGCCAACCACCAGAAUGGCAAAGACACGCACAUCAGAGCCAUCAAGGUAUUUACGCCAAGAAGGUAA